AUGAGGAUAACCGCCAUCAGAGAAAGCAGAGAUUUGACAGAGAUCUCACUAGAACAGCUGUAUGGGGUUCUGAAAACCUAUGAAUUGGAACAGGCUCAAACUAAACAGAGAUACGGAUGGGGAAAGACACUCAACACGUCUACGUCUGUUAUCAAUUCUAAUGCCCUCGUAGUAGAAUCACCUCUUGUGAAAGAAAGGAAGGUUGUUGUACCUUCAAGAAGCUCCCAGGAGUAUGUUGUGCCGGAAAUGGGACAUACUUCAGUAAGUACGGGAGAUGAUGAAUUUUACUCGAUGGAAGAGUUAGAUCAGCUGGAGGAUGAAUCUCUUGCUAUGUUUGCCAGGAAGUUUGGCAACAUGAGAUUCAGGAAGAAUCCCUCAUACAGAUUUAAAUCUUCUGGUAAUAAAUUCCAGAAAGGGGGAUCUUCGUCCACUUCAAAAGGGGCUUAUAAGACUGGGAUGGUUGAUCGAAGCAAGUUUAAAUGUUUCAACUGUGAUGAGCCUGACAGUGAUGAAGAGGAAGAGCGGGGGAAUGUUGCUCUAAUGGCUUUCAUGGAACCUUCUAAACCUCCACAUCGCACUGGCGGAUUUUCGGUAGAUCCUACUUGCCCUAAACUAUUUAUGCAAUUAGGACUUGAACGUGAUGACGCUCGUAAUAAGAUCAAAGCUCUGACUCUUGAACACAAAGCUUUAAAGCAAGAAGUUCAUGAGUUAAAGUUAAAAGAAAAACUUGUUCUCACCCCUAAAAUUGAACAAUUAACUGGUGACUUGUUGACUCAGUCUAACAAAGUCAAAGUGUUAGAGUAUAGGGAGAACAAACUGAAUGAACAACUAGCUGAAGAGAAGGUUAGGUGCCUUGCUUAUAAGGAGUCGACUAAUAUUGUUAAGAACCUAGUGGACCAACAAGUGAUUAAAAGGAAAGUUGAGGAUAUUGAGAAUGAGAGGGAGAUUUUGGCAUCUGUAGAGCCAAUGCAAGUUGAGGGCACAUUCAGUUCACCCAAAGCUGGCAUAGGUGCCAAUGGCUUAAAGAAUAAUUUUAACAAGCCUAAUAAGUUUGUUAAAUGCAGGAAUGAUAACAAUACAUGCUCUUCUACUAAUAACAUUAGAACUUCUGAAAAUGUUACUGUAGAAACUGUUAAACCCCCUGUUGUUCUGAAUAACAUGCCUACUGUUCCUUUAGUUGAUAUGUGCCAUAAACCUUGUGGUGUUGAUAAUUGCAUGUUGUGUGCGUUUAAUGUAAUGUCUGCUUUUUUCAAAAGUAUGCAUGCUAACAAAGAAAACACAACACCUAGAAAGCAUAUGAAUAGUAAGUUUGCAAAAACCAAGACUACUGGUCCUUCUCCUAUCAAGAAGGAUACUUAUGUUCCUAAGCCUAAACCUAAAGUGUUCAAGGCUGUUUGUAGGAAAGUAAGUACAGUCAAGGUGGAUGCUAAUGUUAUUCGAACAGGAUCUAUUGUCAAAGCUGACAAAGGUCAAUUCUUUAAGGAGCCAAACAAGGUUGAAAAGGUUGUAUGGAUCCUCGAUAGUGGAUCUUCUAGACAUAUGACCGGUGAUAGAGCCCUGCUAUCAAAUGUGAUUGAGAGUGCUGGCCCGAUUGUCACCUUUGGAGAUAACAGCAAAGGUCGUACUACGGGAUAUGGCAAUUUACUUGCUGAAAAUGUUAUCAUUGAAAAAUUUCUUUGGUUGAAGGACUCAAGCACAAUCUUCUAUGACAAGGGAUUCCAAGUAAACUUUGUCAAGGAGAAGUAUUUGAUAUCUCACACUAAAGAUGACCGUCUUGCUCUCUGUGGAGUAAGAAAAGCUAACUUAUACGUAGCUGAUCUCAAUUCAGGAACCACUGAUGAAGAUAAUUGUUUCUAUUCAAAGGCUUCACCUGAAGAUAGUUGGCUAUAA